AUGCCCGCGGAGGCGGCGAGCAGCGGCGGCGCGGCGGAGCCGCCGGGCGCCCCGCGGGAGCGGCGGCGGCGGCGCGGCCGUGCGCGGGCGCGCACCGAGGCGCUGCUGCACACGCUGAAGCGCAGCCGGCGGGUGAAGGCCAACGACCGGGAGCGCAACCGCAUGCACCACCUCAACGCCGCCCUGGACGAGCUGCGCAGCGUGCUGCCCACCUUCCCCGACGACACCAAGCUCACCAAGAUCGAGACCCUGCGCUUCGCCUACAACUACAUCUGGGCCCUCUCCGAGACCCUGCGCCUGGCCGAGCAGUGCCUGCCGCCGCCCGCCGCCCGCCGCGCCGCCGCCGCGCCCCCCAGCCCCGGCAGCGACGCCGGCUCCUGGCUGUCCAGCGCCUCCCCGUCCGCCCCCUCGCUCUGCGCCAGCGCCUCCGGCCCCAGCAGCCCCGCCACCUCGGAGGACUGCGCGUACGCGCCCGCGGAGAGCCUGCGCGCCUUCCGCGGGCCGCCCGCCGCCGCGCCGCCCGGCGCGCCCUGCCGCUAG